UGUUAAAGAGACAUGUGCAUGAAGCUAUAGAUUCAGAUGCUUCAGCGGGCCAUUGAACGGUGCUGAGGCCAACAGCACUGGCACUAUACUCAACACGGGCUGGCUAAACUGCUUGAGGAGAGGUGGGACCUGGCCUGGUACUAAGACUGGAAGAAUGCAACUUCUUUAGGAGGCAGUUGUGCCCACAAAAUGCCACGGCCACUUCUCACAGGCUGCUCACAUUCCCGAGGCCUGAAAGAGAAGGAAGAAGAAGAAGAAAUCCAGCCCUGCUACCACCACCACCAUCACCACUUAUCACCUCCUCCAGCAGACAAGAGCCACAUCAGCUGUGGAGACAACCCAGUGAAAUACCCAAACAAUCCACCUGCAUUUCCUUUGAAAGGGCCCAAAAAUAAGAACCGUGGUGCAGUGAGACAACACGAAGCUAAAAACAGAAGUAACAGGAGAAAAAUGGCCAGGCAGAGUCUUGGUCUUGAAGAUGUUUCUCUGUCUCCAGAACCACUGGGCUUGAGCUUAGAGUUUCAAGAGCCUUUGUACAAGCAGGAGACUGUUGCUGAUCAUUUGUUAGAUGUUGAGGAUGAGGAUAAUUGGAGAGAAAGGUACGACAAAGUCCAUAUGUCCAGAUUCGCCAACGUGAUCCCAUGUGACCCAUAUAAUUACAACUCUGGUGGCCUUUCAGGGAUGGAGGCUUUCUCUUCAUGGCCAUUCACUGAUAAUGAACCAUGUAUUGGGUGUCCUUCUCAUACCAAGAUGGCUGCCUGUGAAGAACCUAUAGAGGAAGUAGAGUAUGUGUCUCCACAGCUGAGCUACCAAGAGCUGAAGGAGGAAAAUUCCAUGUUAAGGAGAAAGAUCAAGAGGAUCCAGAACUACUCCGAGAGCCAGACCCACAUGGUGAGAAAUCUUGAGAGGACGCUCCAAGCUACUAUGAAUAAAGAGGAGAAAGAGGCUCAGGAUUUGGAAGCAUUGGUACAACACGCAGAACAAAGCCUCCAAUGCAUGACCCAAAGAGCUCUGAAGGCAGAAAGUGACAUGGAGAAGAUGAAGCAAGAGAUGGCACUACUCCAGGCUGAGCUGACUUGCUACAAAGUGGAGAAUGAAAGCCUGAGAGCUGGCCAGUCUACCAACAUGGGAGCAGUAAAACAGCAUGUUGAUGUUGCUUUGCAGAACCUCCUCCGGGUCACCAACCAUGCCCAUGCCACCAUCAACCAGCUGGUUUUUGGAGCUGAAACGCUGAGCCUCGUUGCUGAUCUCCUCAAAUCUGUAGGCAGAAUGUCAGAACUAGAGAAUGAAGAUGGAGAAAAGAAACUAACUUAAAGGACUCUCCUGCCUACGAGUGUAAUGCUCCUAUAGUGCUGUUGAGACUUACACCAUUUGCUCUCAUAAUGCAUGGUUUCAAAUAAGCAACCUCACUCUCUUUCCCCCAGAAGUACUUUUAUUACAUAAUGGAAUAUUAAUUUGA